GUAUGAUCUUCACUAAUUUAUCUUGACAAAUCCCCAGUCACAACUUUCUGACAACCUAGAGCACGCAUACCUAUCAGCGACUGGGAAAUGGGGUAAAGUUUGGACACUGAGGUUCGCUAUGCUUGUCAUUCUGCCGGGAGAAGUCCGAGACCCAUUACUACGGAGUAGGAGUACGCCCAGUCCGGGCGAGGCGCUCUGGCUUCAGGAAUCGAGGUUGGGGGCAGGACUUGAAUCAGGGCUCCUCAACCGGUUCCACCAUAACGCUUAUUAUUUGCAGAUCACACCAUCAGGCAGUCGAGAACGAAAGACCAACCAGCACGGCAGGUCCUCAGCUUUUUGGUACUCGUGUACGAUGCCUCAUCGACCUCUUCCAAAUUUCCUGAUACUCUUCUUCUCACCAAUCCUCUCCUCAUUCUUCUUGGUCAUAUAAGGAAAGAUGGCAAGAGACGACCCUGAAGACGCGAAUACUGUUUCCUGGCUACCUUCUCCAUCACGGACAAGUCCGGCUUCAAGAGGGCGGACCUUGGCGCAUACAUCUGCGGCUUGCUGUCCUAUGCCUACCUAGUAGUCUUCCAGAGGCAAUGCCCCAUGCGUAUAUUCAGAGUCAAGGGAGAUGCUCAGAGCCAUUCGGUACACCUCCGCACUUUUGUUCACUCCACCAGCCACACGCGCUACCCAAGGCUUUUUACGGAGUAGGGUUGCCAGAAUCCCCACAGAAAGACGAGAACCCUUCGAGAUGAGAUCUAAGAGUCGUUACCCGAGACAGCUUCCUCCACACCGUCUCCAAAAAGUUCAACUUUUCGGCCAUGCCUAAGGUGGUCCGAGGCCCGGCUCUCGCAAAUCACCAUUGCGACUUCGUACAACAUCCACAUCUCACCUCGUCAAAAAUCGCCCAUCUUUUUUGUACGGGAAUUAUGAGUCCUCCAGCUUCCUUUCUCUCUCUUGAAUAUUACCUUGACCUCGCCUCUUCUGUGGCUUCUUGUCUCAAAAGUUGAGACAACAAUGAGUGAUGGCUGACUCUGUCCCCAUCAGUCCUGUGGCGUCCCGUACGCAUGGGCCUCGCAACCAGGCUGCCUCAGACUCUGCCGUCGACAACGAUCUCGAGCAGAUCCAGUCCACGAAUUCCUCGCUCAAACUCGACGACAAUCCUCCCAAUGGUGGCUUUGGUUGGGUCUGCGUCGCUUGCUCGGCUUUCAUCAACGGUUAGUCUAGUCCCACGUCGCCUGUGACCUUCCCUGCCUCAACUGACUUGAUAUGCGGAAAGCCCACACCUGGGGUAUCAACUCUUCCUAUGGCGUAUUUCUCCAGUACUAUCUCAGCUACAAUACCUUCCCCAACACUUCUCCUCUAGUGUACGCAUUCAUAGGAGGUCUGUCCAUAUCACAGGCCAUGUUUCUCGCGCCACUCGCCACUCACGUCAUUCACCUUUACGGCACAAAGGUCUGUUUGCACAUUGGCAUCUUCCUGCAGACCUUGUCCCUCAUCGGAGCUAGUUUUGCGACUCAACAGUACCAGCUCAUUCUCUCUCAAGGCAUUUGUUUUGGCUGGGGGAUGGGCUUCCUCUUUGUCGGCUCCGUUGGCAUCACGGCUCAGUGGUUUACCACCAAACGCAGUUUAGCGAAUUCCAUUUCUGCUGCUGGAUCUGGGGCAGGCGGCCUCAUCUACUCGCUUGUGACCCAAGCUGCCAUCAACAACUUGGGCCUAGCCUGGGCAUUCCGUAUUUUGGGGAUUUGUUCGUUCGCGGUCAACAUCACAGCGUCAAAUCUGAUUCGAGACCGGAAUGCGCAGACCGGCGCACGCCACAAGGCGUUUGACUGGAAACUCCUUCGUCGACCGGAAUUCCUGCUCGUGCAGGGUUGGUCAUGGUUUAGCAUGUUAGGUUAUUGCAUUCUCCUGUUUUCACUCCCAUCGUACGGGAGAGCGAUUGGCCUCAGUGCCAACCAAGGGAGCGUUCUUGGAGCUGUGCUCAAUGCCGGACAGAUGCUGGGCCGGCCCUUUAUAGGACUCAUGUCGGAUCGGUGGGGACGCAUCAACCUCGCCACCUUCCUGUCCAUCAUCUGUGGCAUCUUUUGUUUUGCGUUCUGGAUCCCUGCCGAACUUCUACCGUCUCCGAUGGGUCUGCUGUGCUUCUUUUCGAUUUUCGGAGGCGCCGUGGCCGGGACAUUCUGGGCGACGAUUGCGCCAGUUGGGGCGGAAGUGGUGGGGCUACGUGAUCUCCCCUCGGCGCUGAGUUGGACUUGGUUGCUGAUGGUCCCGCCAACGACCACAGCCGAAGCGAUUGCCUUGGAAAUGCGGCGGACCGACGCAACGAGUUGGAUCUAUCUUCCGCCUCAACUCUUUACCUCUUUUAUGUACCUGGCGGGAGGUUUAUGCUUGUGGGUGGUUCGAGGCUGGAAAAUAGGCGAGAAGGAAAUGACUGAAAGGAAGUUGCGAGAAAGAAAUGCACGGCACGAGGGUAUGAUGCCGGCAACCGAUGCGGAAAAAUCUAGAGUCGGGCAUGAGUCGGGCAAUGAUGAGCUGACACCCGACUCAGUCUUGAGGCGGGAGAUCUGGGCGCCGAGGAAUAUUCUGAGAAACAUGGUCAAGAUGCAAGUCGUGUAAAUGGAGGGAUGAGAGCUGGACCAAUCAUAUACAUUGGUUCACUUCUACAUGUAUUUGUGCAUUGUGCAUAGCGAUCGGGAGAGGAGGUCAUAUCUAUCCUGGACCAUUGUCAUUAUUGAACAAAGAAAAGAUUUAUGAGCUUGA